AUGCCUUCUUACCACAGCUGGGGGCCAGCUGCCCAACACCACCGACUUCCCCCAACGCCUCCGGAAUACCAGACCACCUAUCUCACACCCUUGAGUGCGGUGUCUGAUCAAAGCUUCUAUCCUUCGCAAGGCUAUCACUCUCGCCGAUCACUCUCAUCUCGAGACUUCAAUGAUAGAUAUCAGCCUCCGCCGGCGUACACUGUUCAGCCGUCUCUAGCUGGCCAGGCGUCGCGGAUUGGGCAUGCUCACCCAUCACAGGAAUAUCCCUACCCGCAGCCCUAUCAGAUGCAUGGUUCGUCCUAUUGGGGGAACCACGUCGGAGCGCCUAUUCUCCCUCCCAUCCGUGUCACUGAGGCUCUAGAUCAUUUCCCGACACAUUACGGACCACAGCACACAGAGUCGAAGCCAAAGGAGGACAAGCCUACAGGGGGUGUAGCGCAGCACUUGGAUUAUGAUAUGGACCUCAUGUCCAGCUUCGUGGCCGAAAUGUCCCAGAAACUUGUAACACCAGAAGCAGCACCAACAUCCCAGUUCCGCAAAUACGUGUCUCAGAUUUUGUCGUCUACUCGCCUGCCAAGUUCUACCAUUAUGCUGGGUCUAUUUUACUUGGCUUCGCGGAUGAAGCAGGUGAACGAACGCGGACAAUCGACCUCAUCUUCUGGCACUGUCUAUCGUAUGCUCACGACCUGCCUGCUUCUCGGCAGCAAGUUCCUCGACGACAACACCUUCCAGAAUCGUUCGUGGGCCGAAGUCAGCAGCAUUCCAGUACACGAGCUGAAUAUGAUGGAAUUGCAGUGGCUGACGGACUUCAACUGGGAGAUCCAUGGUAUGAUGUACGACGAGGAUGAUGGCUUUUUCAUGUGGGUAGAGCACUGGCACGCCUACGAAGAAAAAGCCCAGUUGGCCAAGGUCAAGGAACUGCAAAAGCUUGCCCCGAUCGAGACAAAUCUUCACCGUCAUCAUGCCGUCCAGAAUCAGCCCCUAAUGUCCCCGGAAGGACCCAUUCCCCCUCAGUAUCAACAAGGCUCACAAUACGACACCCGUUGGGUUCGUGCGUAUAUUUCGGAAUAUUCACCACCGUCUGCUCCGCACAGUGGGCCGCCCACGCCAGACUACUACAAUGCUUCUUGGGCUUUUACACCGGGCGCUGCUCCAGCAUAUGGGCGCCAGCAGUACCACUCUGAGAGUGCAUCGGCAUACACUGCUCAACGUAAUCAAUUGCCCACCUAUGCUCAGACCUUCGGCUAUGCAUCUGGUCUGACGCCGACUUGGGUCUCUCACGGACCUAAUUGCGGCUGCAGUCUCCAUGCCAAACACUCAGACUAUUACUUCAAUCACCCGGGAUACACCAUGCAAACUGUUGUGGGUUAA